CGCGUCCUCAGCCUCGCGCUCCGCCCGCUGCCUCUGUCGCCUCAGCCCGGCCCCGGAGCGCCGAGCCGGGGACGCCGGCCGCUCAGCCUGCCCGCCCUUCGGCCGCAGCCGGCAUGGGGGGCCGCUGAGGGCGAGCUCCUCUUCCCCCUGGCACCUCCCCCGGCCACUGGCCUCUGGACUCCGGCCAGCGGGGCUCGGCCACCUCUGGCUCGCAGUCCGACGCCUGGCACGGCCCUCGGCUCUGCUCCUCCGGCUCUGAGCAUCGUGUCCCCGCCCCCCCCGCCCGCGCCUGGGACACCUGGGUCCCCCGGCGGCCCCUAGGAGAGGGGCGGGGGGGGGGCAUGAAGCCUCUGGAGAAAUUUUUGAAGAAGCAGACGUCGCAGCUGGCGGGGCGAGCGGUGGCGGGAGGUCCCGGCGGGGGUCCGGGUUGCUGCGGAGGGCCUGGAGCGGGUGGGGGUCCUGGCGGGGGCGGCGGUCCGGCCGGGGGACCGCGGCCACUGCAGCGGCGUCAGAGCGUGUCUCGCCUUCUGCUCCCGGCUUUCCUCCGAGAGCCCCCAACCGAGCCCGGGCUGGAGCCGCCCGUUGAGGAGGAAGGGGGAGAGCCAUUAGUGGUCUCUGAGGAGCCGGGCAGCGGGGGGCCCUGUUGGCUUCAGCUAGAGGAGGUGCCCGGGCCUGGGCCGCUGGGGUGCGGGGUCCCCCUGCGCUCCCCUUCCUCGUACUCCUCAGAUGAGCUAUCCCCUGGCGAGCCACUGGCUUCACCGCCCUGGGCCCCCCUGGGCGCCCCGGAGCGUCCAGAGCAUCUUCUGAACCGGGUUCUGGAGCGCCUGGCUGGAGGGACCAGCAGAGACAGCGGCGCCUCAGAUAUUCUCCUUGAUGACAUUGUCCUCACCCAUUCCCUCUUCCUGCCAACAGAAAAGUUUCUACAGGAGUUACACCAGUACUUUGUUCAGUCACAGAAUGUGGAGGGUCCGGAGGGGCUGGGCCAGAAGCAGGCCUGCCUAGCUCUGCUCCUCCAUUUCCUGGAUACCUACCAAGGGCUGCUGCAAGAGGAAGAAGGGGCCGGCCAAAUCAUCAAGGAACUGUAUCUACUAAUUAUGAAGGAUGAGUCUCUUUACCAAGACCUUCGAGAGGACACACUGAGGCUGCACCAGCUGGUGGAGACGGUGGAGCUAAAGAUUCCAGAAGAGAGCCAGCCACCCAGCAAGCAGGUUAAGCCACUCUUCCGCCACUUCCGCCGGAUAGACUCCUGUCUGCAGACCCGAGUGGCAUUCCGGGGCUCCGAUGAGAUCUUCUGCAGAGUCUACAUGCCCGACCACUCCUACGUGACCAUACGCAGCCGCCUCUCGGCGUCCGUGCAGGACAUUCUGGGCUCUGUGACAGAGAAGCUGCAGUAUUCUGAGGAGCCUGCGGAGCGAGAGGAUGCCCUCAUCCUGGUGGCUGUUGCUUCCUCUGGAGAGAAGGUCCUCCUUCAGCCAACAGAGGACUGUGUUUUCACCACGCUGGGCAUCAACAGCCACCUGUUUGCCUGUACCCGGGACAGCUAUGAGGCCCUGGUACCCCUUCCUGAGGAGAUCCAGGUCUCCCCUGGAGACACGGAGAUUCACCGGGUGGAGCCUGAAGAUGUUGCCAAUCAUCUCACUGCCUUCCAUUGGGAGCUGUUCCGAUGUGUGCACGAGCUGGAGUUCGUGGACUACGUGUUCCACGGGGAGCGAGGCCGCAGGGAGACUGCGAACCUGGAGCUGUUGCUGCAACGCUGCAGUGAGGUCACUCACUGGGUGGCCACUGAGGUGCUGCUCUGUGAGGCCCCUGGCAAGCGCGUACAGCUGCUUAAGAAGUUCAUUAAGAUCGCCGCCAUCUGCAAGCAGAACCAGGACCUACUGUCUUUCUAUGCUGUGGUCAUGGGGCUGGACAACGCUGCUGUCAGCCGCCUGCGGCUCACCUGGGAGAAGCUGCCGGGGAAAUUCAAGAACCUGUUCCGCAAAUUUGAGAACUUGACGGACCCCUGCCGGAACCAUAAAAGCUACAGAGAGGUCAUCUCCAAAAUGAAGCCCCCUCUGAUUCCGUUUGUGCCCCUGGUCCUCAAAGACCUGACCUUCCUGCAUGAGGGGAGCAAGACCCUCGUGGAUGGUUUGGUGAACAUUGAGAAGUUGCAUUCAGUGGCUGAGAAAGUGCGGACAAUUCGGAAAUACCGGAGCCGGCCCCUCUGCCUGGAUAUGGAGGCCUCCCCGCACCACCUGCAGACCAAGGCCUAUGUGCGACAGUUCCAGGUCAUUGACAACCAGAACCACCUGUUCGAACUCUCCUACAAGUUGGAGGCUAAUAGUCAGUGAGAGUGGAGGGGCCCGGCCGCCUUCACGUCAGUCCCGGGCCCCUGGCCCUCAAUGACCCACGUCGACAGACAUCUUUUCCCUGGAGCCACUUCCUGAUCCUACGAGGAGGAGUUGGGUAGCCUGCCAGGACGCAUAAGCCUGUUCAUCCUGCUGAGGUCCUUUUGCCAUCACACUCAAGCUGCUCUGCUGGUUUCUGACCUCUCUGGGCAAGGGGCAACAGAGCACCUCUGUGCCCUCCCAGAGAGGUCUGUUCCAGAGAUGGAAUUUCUAGCCUCCACUUCCCAGGAGGAAGCACCCCCCACCCCCAUCACAGCUGCGGUGUGGGAGGCACUGGAAACCUUCUUCCUGUUUCCCUGGAUAUACAGCCCCUAGGAGAGAGAGAGAGAGAGAGAGAGAGAGAGAGAGAGAGAGAGAGGGUGUGUGUUCGUUCAUGUCCUGCUUUUAGGGAGCAGAAGCGCAUCUGAUAAUGUCGGGAGGGUGUCUUCUUCCUGUUUCCCUGGAUAUACAGCCCCUAGGACUGUGUGUGUGUGUGUGUGUGUGUGUGUGUGUGUGUGUGUGU